AUGGCGGCAGCACCGCCAUACGCGACGGCGCCGUUUUCCGGCACGACCCGCCAACGGCGGCGGAGCCGCGACGGCAGUGGUGGUGUUUAUUGUUGUGUUCAGCUUCGGAUGUUUCGGGUCUCGUAUGGUUCAAACCUCGGGUCAGAUUUCAGUUUUACUUCGGCUCGUGUUAUGUUUGGUCCGGUCAAGGCGGUCAACGGUCAGAAUUUCGAUCCGACUCGAGCCAGCUAUGGUGAUGUUGACAGUCACAUGCAACCAGCAGCAAGUCUCAGUCUAGACAGUGUGAGGUUUUGUUUGGUUAGCGUUUUAGGUUUGCGUGGCGUUUUUGUUACACUUUUCGUUCCAGUGCCUUUGUUAGAUAUGUCAACUCCAUCCACCAGUAGGAAGAGGAAGCGAAAGGCAACUGUAGUUGAUGGUGAAAGCGGGGAGUCAUCAUCGUCUUCUGGUUUUAUCCUCGGUUCUCAAACAGCUGCUCAGUCAGUAAGGCGCUCUACAAUUCUUAGGGCUUCAUCGUUCCAGCGUGUCCUUCAAAGUCCAUUGUCCGCACAACCUAAUACUCAGGUGAGUGGACAAACGGCUUCAACAUCAGGUAGUGUGCCUGCGCCUGGUCCAGCGUAUAUUGAUUUGGGGGAUUGUACUAAUGUUUGUGAAUAUUGUGGAGCUCUUUUUUGGCACGAAGAAAGACUGAAAUCAUCACCUCAAAAAAAUAGACCAAGGUACAAUAUGUGCUGUAGAGAAGGCACUGUGCGAAUUGACUUUCCAAGGGAACCACCAGUCUAUAUAAAGGAAUUGUAUUCUAUGGCGCAUUUUAUGGAAAAUAUACGCGCUUACAAUUCCAUGUUCUCAAUGACUUCCUUCGGUGCACAUGUAGAUCAUGAAAUUAAUCAUACUCCCGGGCCCUAUGUUUUUAAGGUUGCUGGUCAGGUAUCACAUUGGUUGGGGUCCUUAUGUCCUCCCGUGGACAACAAACCACGGUUCCUUCAGAUGUAUAUUUAUGAUACAGAAAACGAGGUCGAGAAUAGGCUUCGGUUUUUUGAAGGUGACACUCGGAGUCCUUUAUCAGCAGACAUUGUUUCUACUCUUGCUCGAGUUCUUUCAGAUGUGAACGGGUAUGUAAAGCUUUUCAGGAGCGCAAGAGAUAUAUGUUCUCUUCAGGAAGUCCCAAAUUUUGCGAUAAAACUGUACAAUAGUCAUACCCGAAAAAACUAUGAAAUGCCAUCUACUGGAACUCUUGGUGCUAUUAUCUGUGAUAACGAUCCGUUAGCAACUGACUAUGACAUCGUUAUCCAUAGCAAAGAUGGUAAUCCAAGACGCGUUAGCAAGUUGCAUUCUUCGUAUAUGCCGCUUCAGUACCCGUUGCUCUUCCCCUUUGCAGAGCAAGGUUGGUCCCCUGAUUUACGUUUAUCUGGUCGCGCACUAUCAGAGGAUCAAAAUUUGACGAUGAACAUGUUCUACGCUUAUCAGAUACAUGAUCGCAUAGGUGUAUACACUUUGUUGUUGAAAGCUGGUCGUCUUUUGCAACAAUAUUUAGUUGACACAUAUGUGUGCAUAGAGCAAUGUAGGCUUGACUACUAUCGUGCUAACCAAAAUCGUUUUCGUUCUGAGUUUCUUCGCGGUAUCCAUGAUGCUUUCUCCAAGGGUGAGACUGAGGGUCGUGAUGUUGGUAAAAGAACCAUUCUACCAUCCUCAUUCACAGGUGGGCCUAGGUAUAUGUACAAGCAUUAUCAGGAUGCGCUCGCUAUUUGUAGAGUCCACGGUAAUCCACAAUACUUCAUAACAUUUACCUGCAACGUUAAGUGGCCAGAAAUCAGACGCUACUUGAAUCACGCUGAUUGCACAGGCGCCCAAGAAAGACCUGACAUUAUUGCAAGAAUUUUCCAACUGAAGGUUGAAUCACUACUAAAGUUCUUAAAAACACAAAAGACUUUUGGUAGUGUUGCAGCAGAUCUUUAUACAAUUGAAUUUCAGAAAAGAGGCCUUCCACAUUGUCAUAUGUUGCUCUGGGUUGUACCAGAAUGCAGAAUAAAAGAUGCGCAACAUGUGGAUAAUUUCAUUUCUGCUGAAAUUCCAGAUCCAGGGGCAGAUCCGACUUUAUAUCGAAUAGUGACUGAUUCUAUGAUGCAUGGUCCCUGUGGCUUACCAAAAAUGAACGCACCAUGCAUGGUUAAUAAGAAAUGUUCAAAAUCCUUUCCAAAGGCCUAUGAACAAGUCACUCGAUUUGACAAAGAAGGGUAUAUUCACUAUAAAAGACGACCAAAUGGUCCUCAAUUGGAAAAAAAUGGUGUGCCACUUGACAACGGUUACGUAGUCCCAUAUAAUCGGACUCUUUGUUUGCAUUUCGAGGCACAUAUAAAUGUCGAAUAUUGCGGUUGGAGUAUGCUCAUUAAGUAUUUGUUCAAGUACAUAUCCAAAGGUGUAGAUCGCAUUUGUUACGCUGUCACAAGGACCCCUGACUGUACAACACAAUCAACAUCAAAUUCUCACGAAGGUGUAGACGAAAUCUCAAAGUUUGUAGAUGGUAGAUUCGUUUGUCCACAUGAAGCAGCUUGGAGGAUCCUCAAUUUUCCAAUUCACCAUAGAAACCCAGCUGUUCAGCUAUUAGCCGUUCACUUAGAGCACAUGCAAAAUAUCAUCUUUAAAGAUAACCAACAGCUACACGACAUUCUUGGUAACCCAGCAACUCAGAAAACAACAUUAACAGAAUGGUUAAGAAGCAAUGAACAACAACCGAAUGACAGGGAUUUAUGUUACGUGGACUAUCUGUCUAGGUACCGAUGGGAUCCCUCCAAGAAAGCAUGGCUUAAAAGAUUAUCUACCAGAACUCCACCAAUUGGAAGGUUGGCAUACAUACAUCCAGCAUGUGGUGAGUCAUUCUACCUAAGAAUGCUACUUAACCACCAAAAAGGUUGUUGUUCUUUCGAGGACAUCAGAACAGUUUCCAACAUUGUAUACCCUACCUACCGAGCUGCAUGUGAGAAACUUGGUUUGAUAGGCGAUGAUAGAGAAUGGGUUGCAGCUUUCGUAGAGGCAUCGUCUUGGGCCACGGCUGCAGAAUUAAGGGCUUUGUUUGCCCAUAUGCUUUUAUUCUGUGACCUAUCUAAUCCAUUAGGUUUUUGGCAGAAAUACUGGCCACGAAUGAGUGAUGAUAUUAUUAGGAAUUUGAAUGAUGUUACUGGUACGUCAAAUACUCACAUUAGUGGCUUAAACCUGCAACAACAUGUAUUGUUCGAAUUGGAAUUAUUGUUGAAUUCUAAUGAAGGUUCACACUCAUUGGCCAAGUUUGGCUUACCGAUGCCUCCUGAUUCAAUGGUGUCAGCACUAAGAAACAGAUUACUUUUGGAAGAAAAGUGCUAUGACACUGACGCCUUGGUGACUAAAAGUAGAACUAUGGAAGAGGCCUUAAACUCUGUUCAGCUAGCAGUAUACAACAUGGUUGUAAACUCAGUUAUGCAAAAUACGCAAAUACUUUUGUUUAUAUACGGCCAUGGAGGAACAGGAAAAACUUUCCUAUGGACUGCAAUCAUAGACAAACUCAGGUCCGUUGGGAAAGUAGUUCUUGCUGUCGCAGCAUCAGGGAUCGCUGCCUUGCUUUUGCCUUCAGGAAGAACAGCUCACUCUCGAUUCAAGAUCCCGUUAGAAUUAACAAAUGAUUCAUUGUGCUACAUUAAAAAAAACACACAGCUCUCCCAAUUAUUAAUGGAAACGUCGCUUAUUGUAUGGGAUGAGGCACCAAUGAGUGAUCGAAGAUGCUUUGAAUCAUUGGAUAAGAGCCUUAAAGACAUAGUUGGUAACAAAGACAAACCAUUUGGCGGAAAAUCUGUGCUGUUAGGAGGAGACUUUCGACAAACAUUGCCGGUCAAACCCAAAGCUUCAAAGAAUGAAAUCAUUGCAUCCACUUUACCUAGGUCACACUUAUGGAACGACUUCAAAAUUGUUAAGCUAUAUGAAAACAUGCGUGUGACCAGAUCAACGACCUCACCUGCUGAUAAGGAAGCUGCUCUAGCAUUCUCAAAGUGGUUACUUGACAUCGGAGAUGGUCUAACUGGCGUACCGUACAAACAAUCACCAGACACGAAAAUCAUUGACAUACCAACACAGUUUCUAAUACAACCAGGGGAAAAUGGCUUGCAUCAGUUGAUAAAAUUCAUUUAUGAUGACGACAUCCUCCACAAUCCAACAGCCUCUAACCUUUCCGAGAGAGCCAUAGUAUGUCCAAAGAAUGAAACCGCUGAUGAAAUCAAUGAGUUAGUGCUUGCAUCUUCCCCUGGCGAAUGUUCAACAUACUUGAGUGUAGACUCUAUAACGCCUCAUUCCCACAGCCAAGGUGAUACCGAUCUUAUGUACCCACCUGAAUACCUGAAUUUGUUGAACUUCCAAGGCAUACCCUCACAUUGUCUAAAGCUUAAAAUAAAUACUCCUGUAAUUUUAAUGCGAAACAUUGAUCAAAAAUCAGGUUUGUGUAACGGUACUAGGCUAUUAGUGUCACAAUUGCUGCCUAGAAUCAUUGAAGCACGUAUAAUAACUGGCACAGCUAUUGGCCAUCGCGUUUAUAUACCUAGAAUAAACUUUGUGCAUAAAACUAAUGACUUACCUUUUGUAUUUACUAGACGUCAAUUUCCAAUCAAAACAUGUUACGCAAUGACAAUUAACAAAAGUCAAGGCCAGUCGUUAAAUAAAAUUGCUGUUUACUUGCCUGAACCUAUCUUUAGUCAUGGGCAGCUUUAUGUUGCCCUUUCUAGAGCAACAUCAGCAAGCGGCCUAAAAGUGCUCAUAACGCCUCACGAAGAAUUUGAAAGUGAUAACACCAAAAACAUCGUGUACUCCGAGUUACUAGCAGAUAUUGAAGCUCAUGAGGGUGAUGGAAUACAAGCUAGCGUGCACUGGCUAGACAAAGAACUUUUCGAAAGGAAAAUCACCCUUUUCUCAUGCUACCUUCUGGAAAAAUACAUAUGCGAUGACCAGCCAACACCACCAAGAGUGAAUUCACACAUCGCAAGCAUUCGCAUGGGAACAAAAGCAUCACUAACCUUAAUUCCUACACCAGAUGCAUUUCCAAUGUACUAUUUCAACUUUUGUCCCUAUAGCGACCUUUCGCUUCGUACUGGUGACGAUCAAGAACUCCUUACAGACUACUUGGCAAAGCUAGAGUACACAACACCCGGAACAACCAAAAAGGGAAGAGAAUAUCUACGUCUUCGUCUCACGGAUAUCAGCGGCGAACACAUAAACGCUACUUUAUGGGAAGAGGUCUUACCAAAGUUUGAUAAACAGGCAAUGUUGGCUGCAGAGCAACCAAUAAUCGUUGCCUUGACAUCCGUUUGCGUAAGCACGUUCAAUGAUCGAGUGCAACUAGCAUCAACAAUUCCAACCCAUAUCUACUUCAACCCUGAUAUAGAGGCUGCCACAACUAUCAGAAACAGGUUUUACAACUUUUAUUACCGCAAUGAAAAUACUGUAGACAUUUUUGUCGUGUAA